CGUGAUUUAGUUUAACGUCGGCGUCGAAGAUUUGUGGGGAGAAAAUUUUUCCAUAUCUGAAAAAAACAAUUCGUUUAUUGUUAAUAGUACAAUUGGUGAAUUAAUUACUGUAAAAAAAGUUGAUAAACAGAUUUUUGAGUAUAAUUUUACAUAUAGUUUCGAAGGGUUUUUAAAAUUUCGUACUAGCGGAUUUAGCAGCAAAUAUAAAUUUUUUAAUUCGGCUUAUCAUGGAAGCUCUGGGAACUUACCCGAUUUUGAAAUCCUUCCUGGCGGGUUCGUUCUCCGGAACAUUCUCCACGAUCCUCUUUCAACCUCUGGAUUUGGUGAAGACUAGACUUCAGAACAGAGUCAAUGUUCCCGUUGGAUCGUCGAAAAAUGGGAUGCUGCGCACGGUGUCGCACAUUGUCCAGAAGGAGAACGUCUUCGGACUCUGGAGAGGCAUGACGCCGUCGAUCACUAGGGUAGUUCCUGGCGUGGGUUUAUACUUCUCAACGUUACAUUGGCUGAAGCACACUUUCGACCUGCAAGAACCUCUGACAGCCAUGCAGGCAGUUUCUUUGGGCAUCACCGCACGAUCCAUAUCUGGCGCUCUGUUGAUUCCCAUCACAGUAGUGAAGACACGAUUCGAGAGCGGCGUUUACAAGUACGAUAGUAUUAAUGAGGCUCUCAGAUCGAUCUACAAGCAGGAAGGAAUAAGGGGCUUAUCCAGUGGCUUAGUGCCUACUCUUCUGCGAGAUGCACCUUACAGCGGUUUAUACCUCAUGUUUUAUACUCGACUGAAAAACGUGGUUGCCAGUGCAGGAAUGACAAACGAUUCGUAUGUGUCGGUUCACUUCGGAUGCGGAAUCCUCGCUGGAAUUUUAGCCUCCAUAGUUACGCAACCGCCGGACGUCAUCAAGACGAAGAUGCAGUUGUAUCCGAACGAAUUCAACAGCAUUUACUACGCGACAUUUUUUAUCUAUAGAAAGUACGGUGUUUUAGGAUAUUUUAAGGGUAUCGUUCCUAGGAUGUUGAGGCGAACUCUGAUGACCACGAUGGCUUGGACUGUAUACGAGCAGGUGACAAAGCAAGCUGGUCUAAAGUGAGCGCGUUAUUGUUGUACUGCAAGGAAAGUGCCAUAUACAGUAUUAAGAGCAGUUGACUUUAUAUUGUUAUAAUGUUGUAAUUUAUUUAAUAAAUUAUAUUUUUGCAAUGUUA